AUGGAGUUGCUUCUUCUUCUUCUUCUUCUUCUCGCAUGCUCUCUCAUCUUCCCUCUUGCCGCUCCUGCCAGGGAGAUCACCAACGCCUGCACCUCACAAGCUAAUGUUUUUCAGCACGUGAACGGCACCGGCAUGCACCUGCCGCUGCACCACCCGCAGAGCCCCUGCUCGCCGGCGCCUCUGCCCUCGGACCCCCCCUUCUCCGCUGUGAUCGCCCACGACGAGGCGCGCAUCGCCCGCCUCGCCUCGCGCCUUGCCAAGACUCCCUCCCGCCACCCGACGUCGCUCCGCCAACAGCACCGCGAGAAGUCCUCCGGCGAUAACCACCUCGCCGACUCACUGGCCAGCUCGGUGCCGCUCGCGCCCGGCACGUCGGUCGGCGUGGGCAACUACGUCACCCAGCUGGGCCUCGGCACGCCGGCGACCACCUACGCCAUGGUCGUCGACACGGGGUCGUCGCUCACGUGGCUCCAGUGCUCCCCCUGCGUGGUGUCGUGCCACCGGCAGGCCGGCCCGCUCUACAACCCGCGCGCGUCCAGCACGUACGCCGCCGUGCCGUGCUCGGCGCCGCAGUGCGGGGAGCUGCAGGCCGCCACGCUCAACCCGUCUUCGUGCUCCGCCUCCGGCGUCUGCAUCUACCAGGCAACCUACGGCGACAGCUCCUUCUCCCUGGGGUACCUCAGCAGGGACACCGUCUCCUUUGGCUCCGGCAGGUUCCCCGGCUUCUACUACGGCUGCGGCCAGGACAACGAGGGCCUCUUCGGCCGGUCGGCCGGGCUCAUCGGCCUCGCGCGCAACAAGCUGUCGCUGCUCUACCAGCUCGCGCCGAGCCUCGGCGACUCCUUCUCCUACUGCCUGCCGACCACGGCGUCCACCGGGUACCUGUCCAUCGGGUCGUACAACCCGGCGGAGUACUCGUACACGCCCAUGGUGUCCAGCUCGCUCGACGCCUCGCUCUACUUCGUCAGCCUCGCUAGCAUGUCCGUCGCCGGGAGCCCGCUCGCCGUGUCGCCCUCGGAGUACGGCAGCCAGCCGACGAUCAUCGACUCCGGCACUGUGAUCACGCGCCUGCCCAUGGCCGUGUACACGGCGCUGAGCAAGGCGUUGGGCGCGGCCAUGGGAGGGGCGCCCCGCGCGCCGGCGUACUCCAUCCUGGACACGUGCUUCAAGGGCCAGGUGUCAACGCUGCGCGUGCCGGCCGUGGACAUGGCGUUCGCCGGCGGCGCGACGCUGAAGCUGGCGCCGGGCAAUGUGCUGAUCGACGUGGACGAGUCCACGACGUGCCUCGCGUUCGCGGCCACCGACAGCACAGCGAUCAUCGGGAACACGCAGCAGCAGACGUUCGGCGUCGUCUACGACGUCGCGCAGUCCAGGAUCGGCUUCGCGGCCGGCGGCUGCAGCUGA